CGGUUCGGACGUGUUUCGUGUUGCGGAAAGUUUACCUUGUGUUCCCGCGUACGAUUUGGCGUAAUUUUUUCGAAUACUCGUCGAGGCUAGGCUGCUGGUUCGUUGCGCGCAGUACGCAAAUUCGCGCCGGUAUUUCGAUCCGUAGAAAUCGCUGCCAGACCCCAUAUCACGACGCUAUAUAAAUAAUGCAAGUGCAGUCCGUCGCCCCGAGGGCACUACGGGAAAUCUAUUUUCGCCAAAUGCAAUAAAACAAAGGCAAAAACGCAGAAACAAAGUAAGAGCGACAGCAAACGCAAAUUGAUCGCAUAUCAGUAUAGUAAUCGGAGUGCUAUUUAGAUCAUAUACAUACAUAUAUAUAUAAACGGUUAUGUCAUGAAAGAUCUUUGAGUGAAUUUUGAAAAUUUAAUACAGAAUCCUAACAGUUGAAACAAAGUUAAAGCUACAAAAACAACACUAGUAACUCGUGUAAUUUUUGCAAACUUUUUCGAGACGUCAGCGCCGGCAGCAGAGAGAAACUUGAGGCCCCCGCUCGAAUCGCCCACUUUUGGUCGUCUCUUCUUUUAUUGCCCUCACGCGUGUUUUGUUUGUGCUCGUGUCGGUGUGUGCGUGCCGUGCUUGUACGGUUGUGUGUGUGUUAGCCGGCAAUUUGUGAGAGUGUAUUAGUGGGGAAAACAGCUGUUUGUUGCAAACGUUACGCUCUCUCUCUUCACGUGGCUUUCCCCUGUCUGUCUGUCCCCCCACCCUUUGAGUGCAAAGCAGUGCAAAAAGAAAAGAGAAAAGCUCUUCCAUCCAUACGAAACAAGAAAAAACAGCAUCCACAUCUCAAUAUGGCGGCAGCGAUAGCGACAGGAACAUCUUCCAGAAGGAGCAUCUGUGUGACGCAGCUCCUGCUCUUUACCCUGCUCUGUGGCAGCAUUGUGGGUCUCGUCAGCGGCAAGCAUUUGAGUGCCACCGGGGGCGAGCAUCAGCACCAGCAUCAGCACAGUGCCGCUACGCACCACCGGCGACGCCUGCAGCGGGACUCGCGCGCCAAGGAUACAGCGCAGCAGCAGUGUGAGGCCGUCAAGGGGUAUUUCGAGUCCAUCGACAUUCAUUCGAGUGGAGUCCAUAAUGAAAAAGGCGCCAUUUGCGGGGGAAGCUGCUGCAGCAAUGCCACAGAGAUGGAGCUCCGUCAGAAGGCAUCGGGAAUGUUUGAGCAGCUGCUGCACCAUCAUACGAGCAGCCUGCGUGGGAUCCUAGCGGAUAAUGCCAACCAAUUCCAGAGUCACGUCCUGGAGUUGGCCCAACAAUCGGAGAACAAGACACUGACGGUCUUCUCGAAGGUCUACAUACGAAUGGUGCCGCUGUCGGGGAUGAUGAUCCGCCAGUUGUACACAGAAAUCAUGAACCACCUGAAUUACAUCUCCAACUAUACGAACAGCAAUGGCCAGAUGGGCAGCAAGGCCAGCAUUGGCAGCCUACGUAGUGGCCUGGAGGACGCCGUGCACAAGUUCUUUGUGCAACUCUUUCCCGUGGCCUACCACCAGGCGGUGCAUCUGGCAAAGAACAAUUACGGAGAGCUGCACGAGGACUACAUCAACUGCCUGAAGCACAAUUUUGACGAGCUGCAGCCCUUUGGGGGCAUACCCAGAGAGAUCCAGAGCAGCCUCGUCCACAGCGUGCACAUGUCGAACGUGUUUAUGAAUGCCCUGCUCCAGAGCGCCGAGGUGUUGAGCGAGGCGGAUGCCCUCUACGGCCAGCAGCUGACGGACACGUGCAAGAUGCAUCUCCUCAAGAUGCACUACUGCCCGAAUUGCAACGGUCACCAGACACGCGGACAGCCGCAGAUUUGCAACGGCUACUGCAUGAACGUGAUGCGCGGCUGCUCGGCGGAAUACGCUGGUCUGCUGGACGGUCCCUGGUCGAGUGUCGUGGAGGCUCUAAACAAUCUGGUCACCACACACAUCGUGACCGACAGCGGCAUCAUCAACACCAUCAUGAAGCUGAGCACCAAAAUCUCCGAUGCCAUCAUGCAUGCCAUGGGCAAUGGUCCGGAAUUGGAGCAGAAGGUUAAGAAGACAUGCGGCACGCCCAAUCUGUCGCCCUCGCUGACCGACGAGUCGGAGACGCGACUGCAGCAGCACAAGAACAGCGUCAAGUGGGCCACGCCACCGGAUCCGGACAUGGUGCGCUUCCUCUCCACCAUCGAAAAGACCAAGGAGUUCUACACGAACAUUGUGGACAACUUCUGUGAUGCGGAGUACACCACCGAUGAUCGUCACUGCUGGACAGGCGAUCGCAUUGGUGACUACACACAGCUGCUGAUCGACACUGGCAUGGACAGGCAGCGCUACAAUCCCGAGGUGCCCUGGAAGACCCAGACGCAGGUCAGCAAACUGAACGAGCUGGUGGAUAAGCUCAUCAAGAUACGCAAGAGCAUUGGAGCAGCGGCACCCUCUUCGAGCAUACAGUCGCAUGACAUCCAAAGCGACAUGGGCCGCGAGGGUUCGGGUGGCGGCGGUGGCCAAAUCAGCGACGAUGAUGAGGAAUAUGGCGGCGGCAUUCACGGCUCCGGCGAUGGUUCUGGCGAUGGUGCCACAACCAUUGAAGAUCGUGCUGGCCCACCGACCAUAACCGAGACUGAGCAGCGCGAAAAUAACCAGAGCGGCGGUGCGUCCAAUCCGUUGGCAGCCACUGCGACGUGCCUGCUCCUCACUCUAGUCACAAUACUCUACAGGAGUUGUAGUUAAGGCAGCGACAAGGGAUAAGGGAUAGAAAAAUCCCCGAACAGCAAGAGCAGCAGCAGCAGCAACCGAUAAAUGGCGGAAAAUGCACGCGAGAGAAUCGAUUAAAAUCAUUAAUUAAUAACUAUUAUCAUUAUUAUUAUUAUUAUUAUUUGUGUAAUUCUUAAGUUGUUACAAAACGUAAUUUAUUAGCCCCGUAAGCCCCCAACCGCCACCCUGCACUCAACUAACGAAGCAAAAAAAAAAAAAUAAAAACGGGAAGGAAUUUCGGAGCACGGCGCCCCUUCUAGCUUUUCCAUUUUCCAAAAAACGAAUUUCCCCAUGCAGCAGCAUGCAACUCUCCAACAAGACUUAUGUGCCAUAAAAAAGGGUGUUGGAAAUGUGUGUCUGUGUCUGCCAAACGAAGAAAAGAAAAAAUUAGAAUGGAAGGAAAACCCCAAAUUAAAAAGUUAAAUAAAAUAGGCUCAGAACUCAAACUCAAACCCCAAGCAGAAUAGGCAUACGAAUAGAUAGAGUGUGUGUGCCGUUUGUUCAGAUAAAUGUUAAUACUACUACAGACACACGUGCAUAAAUAUACAGAUAUACUAUUUAUAGCGUAGAGUACAGUAAAGCUCAAUGUUCAAAGUACAUGUUGUUCCUUCUUGAAGUUGAAAUUGCGAACAGAGAAAAGCACACAGAGAGCAUUCGAA